AUGUCUCAUUUCCCAUCCGAUGAUUUCUCGCGCACCUGGAUAUACAACGAGCUUGUGGACGCUGCGGCGAAAAAUGCGGUUAGUGGAGGGGCAGAGGGAGCCGUGGGGUCGGAAGCGGAGAACCAGCUUGUCCGGCUCGCUGCCACCACAAAGCAGCAAUUUCGAUGGCGGACCAGAGGGAGAUGGAAACUCUUGUGGGCGAGGGGAAAGGCUGGUAACCGAACCAGAGGUUCCAUUACCUUCCGCUCCCCUCAGGAAGUGAAAUUCGAUAUACUUCAGCAAGGACAACAGGAAAGAAAUUGA